AUGCCGCCACUGGUCGAAGCCUUCCACGCCUCGGAGCUGACGGACAAGAUCAACGCACUGCCCAGCGGAAAGCGGAGAAAACCACAGAUCAAGAACUUGCAGGAUUGUGAGCUCAAAGAAUUGAUACAGUACAAUUGCGAGCUCAGUGGCCCGAGGAAUGAUCCAAAAAGUAAAGUCGUUUGCGAGCCGGUGUUUCGGCUGUUCAGACAAUGUGCGAAUGGCGCAACGAUUGAGACGACAGCUUGGGAGGACCGAUAUGAUGGAGUUAAUGUGGCCGGAAAGUGA